AUGGCUGGGUCGAGCCCCGUGGUAAAGAUCCCUCUGGACCCGGACCAGCCCUUCCUGGAGGCGGUCCAUGAGACCUUUGCGGCGUGUGCGGCGGUCCAUGCCCAGCGCCCAAAGGCACAGCACUCGGAGCACCAGUACGGCCCUCACCCGCGCCAGAAGCUCGAUCUGUUCUCCGGUGCUGGCGCCGGCCGACCCCUGGUUGUCUUUAUCCAUGGCGGAGGCUUCGAUCGGGGCGACAAGAGCAUGUAUGCCAACGUCGGCACCUUUUUCGUGGACAGGGGCUACACGGCGGCCAACAUCAACUACCGUCUCGUCGGCGAGCACGGCGCAAAGUAUCCCUCGGGAGGCGAGGACAUAGGUCUGGCGCUGCAGUGGCUCUCGUCGCACGAGUCCGUUGAUGCGUCCAAGAUAUUCCUGUUUGGCACGUCUGCCGGCGCCUUUCAUGCCUCGACGUACCUCUGGAAGCUCUCGUCGGAGCACGCGCGCGUGGCCGGCUUUCUCUGCGCCAAUCUUCCCGCGCACUUUCGCAACUCGGACCCAGGCAGAUCGCAGACGCUCAUCGCCUACCUGGGCAGCGAUCCGUCCCUCGUCGAUGCCAUCACAAUGAGAAAGGCCUCGCGGGACACGACGCCCUGCUUGCUCCUCGUCAGCGACCACGACCUCGAGGCAGAAGUGACCAAGCCGAUGGAGGAGCUCGCCGAGGUGUGGCCCACCGAGCCCAAGCCGGAGCGUGUCAUCAUGGCCGGACAUAACCACUUCAGCCCGGCCAAGGCCCUCAACCUUGGCUCCCCGCUCGACGACUGGACCAUUCCCACGCUCGCAUGGAUGAAAUCUGUGGAGAAUGGCGGUAGAUGAAGGCAGCAGCACUCUUCCGAACUCUCAAGCUGCCCCGGAAGUCUCGUAAUGCAGACAGAUGAUGUACUGUACAGUGCCAUCCAAACCUCCGACUACAGCUUGACUUCCGAUUGCAAUUGAAAUAAUGGCAAAGAAACAUGAC